CAUAAACAUUAAAAUAACAUGCCAAAUGAGUAUCAAGUAUAUGUGAGAUAACUCCCAAUAGACGUUACAUAGUGUGAUUUGAUAUUAAGGAAAUACCUUGGGGAUCUGAAUUUUGAAAUUGAAUAAGCUCGCCAUAAUGAGAGUACUUUAUGUUUCGGUGAUUUUCGUGUGCGCACUGGCAACAGGUUGCCUCGGCCAGAGCGAUUGCGACCAUUGUAAUGGCCAACCCGAUGGGACAAUUUGUGAGUUCGGGUGUAAAGUGAUCUCAUUUUGUAUGAGUAACAUUGCAGUUACAGUGGAGUGCCCCCCACACGAAGUUGUAGAUCUUCCUAGCAGAACAUGCAGACCUCCCGAACUCGCUGCACCUCCAUGUGGAAUCACAAUUAAUUGUACAGGAAUUGAUGGCAGAGUCCCCGACUUUGCGACGAAUUGUACCACUUACCAUACAUGUAUAAAUGGCAGAUACGACUCCACUGCGGUAUGCCCCCCUGGAUUGGUGUUUGAUACCAUAAGGCAGCUUUGUAACUGGCCUCGCUCAGUGUGUGUUCCAUGCGGAAAUAGUAAUUUACCCAGUGACUGCGACCCGGGCACAUCAUCUUCUCUUUCCGCGGGGAAGGCAGAGCACCACAAAGCGGCGCUCAAUGCGGUACCAGUUAAUGGAGAGUGCGAAUGUGGUGAUGAGGAUGACGACGAUAUGAAUUGUGAAUCGUUGUGCACUUGCGUAGGGGAGGUCAAGGUGACUACAUUCUGCGGGGAUGGCAGUGUCUACAACAAAGUCACCAAGGAAUGCGAUGAAAUCGCUAACGUGUGCCAACCAUGCGGAACAUUAGAAUGCUGAGCUGCAACACGGAUGUUAAGAACAAUAGCUAGUCAAGGACGUAGCCAGAGUUUGAAAAAUAGGCGAAUCAAAUUCAAAUGGGCGAGGCAAAUUCAAAUAGGGAAAGCAAAUUUAAAUAGGCGAGGCAAAUUCAAAUAGGGAGGCAAAUUUUAAUAGGGGAGGCAAUUUUAAUA